CCCGGGGAAAACCCGCCGUAGAAAACAGUAUAAAAACAGAGCUGCGUAGAUAUCACUUCAGUCUUCAAAUAGACAGACCAAAGACCGAGAGAGGAAUACAUCAAACCCCUUUGAUUACCUUCUGUGCCGAUUCUCCAAAGGACAGAAAACCAAGCAUACAAACAUGCCUGUAACAAGAAUGAGGAUGAGGCCAUGGCUGGAGAAGAUGAUCGACUCCAAAUGCAUCAGUGGUCUGACAUGGAUGGACAAGGAGAGGACCAUGUUCUCCAUCCCAUGGAAGCAUGCAGCUCGACACGGCUGGGAGAUGGACAAAGAUGCCUGUCUUUUCAAAAAGUGGGCCAUUCACACAGGAAAAUACAUUGAGGGUCAGGCCUGCGACCCCAAGACAUGGAAAGCCAACUUCCGCUGCGCAAUGAACUCGCUACCUGACAUUGAGGAGGUGAAAGACAAGAGCGUCAACAAAGGCCAACAAGCCAUGCGUAUCUUCAGGAUGCUGCCUGUUUCUGGGAAAUCUCGAGAUAGACGAAGAAAAGCAAAGGUAAAGCUGAGCAAGAAGAACUCCACUGACAAGACGGAGGAAGACACAGACUACAGAGCCAGCAUUCGAUGUGAAGGACAUGUUGCAAAGACAUACCAUCGAAGUCGGGCCGUGGAACGGAGAUAUGGAGUACGAUUCGGAUGACAUAACGACCAAUAACUUUGAAGUAUUGGCCCCCUACUGCAAUCGGUUUCAACUCUCACCACCCCACAGACAUGAUUAUUCCGAAAACAUUCUUGAGAAUUUCCAACACUAUUUGGAUCAGCAAGACAUGAGUUUAAGCAGCCUGUUUACCGACCAGUCUUCAUCAGAUGAAACAGACGAAAAUGCCAACUACACAAUUUUGGACAAUGUUCAACCAAGUCUCACAGUAAACCCCUGGUCAGACAUUUUCUAGCUGUGUGCUAUCAGUACACAGCAGUGCUUUUAGCACUUCGGACUUAAAAAAAAAAAAAGCUGCUCCUGUCUGUUGUAUCCUCUCAUCACCUCAUUCCACCGGCGUGUAGGAAUUAGCAUCCGGCUCGACCGCAGGUGGCACCAGUUCCAGAAUCCUUCCUCAUCUCACCCCUCCUUGACAUGAAGUUUUGAUGGCGAAAGGGAUCGCCGCUCCGUGCCUUAUUCAAGCUCUUUGAGAUGUUCUACAGUAACAGAAGCGGGUGACCCUCAAUCAGGGUUGAUUGUACACAUUUGUACAUGUUGUCAAUAUAAAUCACGUCUUUUUCCGUUUUCAGCAAAUAGGCUAUGUUUAGUUAGAUUUCAUUAACAUACAGCAUAUACUUAUCAGCCACUUGUAAUGUCACCUCUCCCUAAAUUUGCACUUAGUUUGCUUACGGCAAUGGAACUAUUUGUAAAUAAUGUUGUUGUUGUUGUUUUUUUGAGUUGUCAUAAAUAAAGUUUAUUAUCUCAAUGAGAA